AGGAGACGCCAUUAGAGGGGAGGCGGAGAGGGAACGCUCUUCGUCUUUCCUCCCGUGCCUGACGUGGUGUCUCGGGCCCUUCAUUCUCGGACUUUCCCUCGGCCCUUCCAGGCCUCGCCCGGACGAAAGAGUGGAGACGGCGCCCGGGUCGGCGCGGCCGGUGCCGGAGGGGGCUGAACCCGUCGCGGCUGUGGGGAGCUCGGCGCGACUCUUGGGCGCGAGCAGCAGGGAAGCGACGGGAUGGCUGCGGCCGGCGGCGGCGGGGCGGCGGCGGCGGGCCGAGCCUACUCGUUCAAGGUGGUAUUGCUGGGGGAAGGCUGCGUGGGGAAGACGUCGCUGGUGCUGCGCUACUGUGAGAACAAGUUUAACGACAAGCACAUCACCACUCUGCAGGCAUCAUUCUUAACAAAGAAGUUAAAUAUUGGCGGGAAAAGAGUAAACCUUGCCAUAUGGGAUACAGCAGGUCAAGAGAGAUUCCAUGCGUUGGGUCCAAUUUACUACAGAGAUUCAAAUGGAGCUAUUUUAGUUUAUGAUAUAACAGAUGAAGAUUCUUUUCAAAAGGUAAAAAACUGGGUCAAAGAAUUACGGAAAAUGUUGGGAAAUGAAAUCUGUUUAUGUAUAGUUGGUAAGCAUCAUUACUCUUUUUGAAAAGGUCCUUUGUAUGCAGAAUCUGUGGGAGCAAAACAUUAUCAUACUUCAGCCAAACAGAACAAAGGAAUUGAGGAACUCUUUCUUGACCUCUGUAAAAGGAUGAUAGAAACAGCACAAGUGGACGAGAGAGCAAAAGGCAAUGGCUCUAGUCAACCAGGAACUGCAAGGCGAGGCGUACAAAUUAUCGAUGAUGAACCUCAAAUGCAGAGUGGAGGUGGAGGGUGCUGUUCUUCUGGAUAACUGUUCACACUUAAAAAAUUAAAACAAAACUGUGGAUCAUUGCCCUCAACAUGAAGACUGCCAUAUUCCAAGUCACAUUAUUUUACCAACGGAGUUAUAGAAUUAACAGUAUUUUAAAUUACGUUUAUAACACUGCAGAGACCUUAAGUGCUAAACUUAGUGGAGUUUGUGACCAGAGAAUUGGCAUUUUCUACAAAUGUUAACAAAGCAAUUACCAAUGGCCUUUUUACAUAUUUUUUUCUUUAAUGAGGAAUAAUAUGCAUGUAGAAAAGACCUACUUAAAGGCUUCAUUUAUAUUCUUUUAAAUCAAAUCUUUAUUUAAUAACUUAUAUAUGUUGUGGGAAUGGUAUACAUUUUUGCAGCCCUUUGUAUUUUGUGGUAGUUUGAAUUGUAUCACUUCUAAACAGCAAACUGUUUUUGUUUUUGUUUUUUUUAAAUUAGCAGAUACCCGAAGUACUAUUUUUGCAGGGUUUGCACAGGCCCCUAACUGUCUACUACUUUGAUAUAAUCUGUAUACAUCCUGUAUGCUGAGCUGGUAAAAUAGAUUGUAUAUUACAUAUUAAAUAUUUUAUCUGCUUUUACAAGCGCAAAGUGCAAAAAUACAUGUAGUAGUUUCAUUGAUGACUGUAAAGUGAAUUAACAUUUGGUGAUAAUGCCUAAGCUUUUUGACUCUGAUAUAAAGAUCAUAGCUCCCCUUCACUUUUGUCUUAACUUGAAUGUGGCGUGUUUAAAUUUUCACACAUACUUUACUUGAAUUAUUGCUGUUGUCACAUAUUUUGCCUCUGUAAGUCCAUCUGAUGAUUGAGCAGCAGCAUUUGCCUUUUGGUUUGGGUUUUUUUUUUUUUUAAUGUAUUUGUUUUUAUAAAAGAGAUGACUUCUGCUGGUUUUCCUUUAAAAUGGUUACCUUAGAAGAAUUUGAGUGGAGCAUGCUGUGUUUCACUUCUGCAGCAGCUUUAGUUUUCUCUUAGCCUUUAUAUGACAUAGGUUCACUGGUGUGAGAAGAGAGAAAGAGAUUCCAGAUAAUAGCCACUCACCAAGACUCAUUCAUAUAGCAUGUUAGUGGUAGUUCAUGCUCCUGGGGCAUCACUUUCAGAUCCUUUGUGAGCAAGUUGUGUUUGUUCAUUGCUUGCCAGAGAUGAAUAUGGAAUGUUCUCUUUGAUUUAUAAGAACUAUCCUUCUGAGUUACUGUGGAGGGAAACAUUAUGUGUAAUGCAGUUAUAGUGAACACUGGAAAGAUUUAUUAUAGAAUUAUAUUCUUGUAUACUUUAUUAAUUAGUCCCUCAUUAGAUUUUUCUUAAGCAUAGGACUGAACUUCAAUUUUUUAAUUUUAAUAGAAUCAGGCACUGCUCACAGAAGGAACACAGAUCGUGGACAUUAACUUAAAUUGUUCUUGUUCAAAUAUAUAUAUUUUUCCAUUUCUGUCAUGCCUGGAAAACUAGUAAAUGUUAUGUAUAAGAUUAAAA